AUGAUUAAGGCACUGUACAAAAGUAUCGUAAAUUUUUUACUCUCCUCCUUUUUUGAGAACAUUGAAGAGAAGCAGCUGCAGACAUCGCUGAUCAGGGGAAAGGUGCAUUUGCAGAAUGUGAAAAUCAAGAAAAACUUUUUCGACAUUUUGUAUUUGCCCUACACGAUUAAGUAUGGGUACAUCCGGUCGUUGGAUCUGCAGAUCCCCCUGCUGUACCUGUUCCAGAAGGCGAGCCUGAAAAUCAGCGAUGUGGUGAUCGUGGUGAAGGAAAAAAAUUUCAACGAUUUUAAUAUCGACGAAGAAAUAAAUGGAAUAAAAGAAGCAAAGAAAAAUAACCUAAAAAUAGAAGACAUAAACAACAACGAAGAUGAUCUAAAUAACAAAAUCAAUAAAGGAAUAAAUUACCUACUCUAUGAGCUGUAUAAUAAUAUGUGCAUUGAUAUAGAAAAUCUGGAGAUUAUUUUAGAGAGUGCAGAAAAAAAAAAAAACAUUUUAGGAUUAUCAGUCAAAAGUGUUUCAAGUGUGAAGAGUCAUAAUAGUGCAAAUAAAAUAAGUAAAAAUUUUUCAUUCAGUGAUGUGAUUUUUUAUAUGGAGGAUGAGAAGGCCAAGUAUCUACUUACCAAAGUCAUAAAGAAGGAAGAAAAGAAAAAAAAAAACAAAAGGAAUAUAAACGAGGUGGAAAUAUAUAACAGAAUAAAAGAUAUAUGCAACGAUUUACAUACAAAGAAAUAUAUCAUAUCAGAAAUUCCGUUGAUUGUUUUAAGUACCAAUUUUUAUAUCAGUAAUUGUAGCCAGUAUGCUUACCGAAAUGCGAAAUUUAUUUUUAAGAAGAAGAACUUCUUCGAUAUUACAUGUCCUCAUUGUGAUAGGUAUCUCUAUCAAUGCAAAGAGGUGAAGAAGGAGAGGUCUCUUUUUCGACAUAUUUUUCUUGAGAAGGAUGAAUUAGAAGCUCGCAAUAAAAAGCUCUAUGCUGAGUUCAACGCGGAGGGGUGCAGCAAUAAUGGCGAGACACCCUUCGGCGGGUUGCGCCACGUCAACAGGAGGAAAAAAAGGAAGAGAAAGAAAGGGGCGGAAGAAGGGGACGAAGUGGAAGAAGGGGAUGAAGUGGAAGAAGGGGACGAAGCGGAAGAAGGGGACGAAGCGGAAGAAGGGGACGAAGCGGAUGGAGCGGAUGGGGCAGACGGAGGGAUGACUGCGGUACGCAGCGACGGGGAGGAGGCCCCGCCCCCCACGAAGGAGGCAGAGGCGAACGCCCCAUCAGGAGGAGAGGCACCCCAUCUGAGCAGCGAAGCAAAUGCACCAAUCGGAGAAGCGGAAACCCCCCCAAGUGAUGAAGUAUCUCACAGAAAGAAACCCAAAAGGAGAUCAAAAUAUAGUAAUAAAAGUCUUUACUAUCGAAUUAAGGAUGAAGGAAAAUGUACACAUGUUGAACAGGUAGACAUCCUGGAGGAAAAAAUAAAUGUGAUAGAAAAUGAAUAUAUGAGUUUCGAAAUUCAUGUAGAUAAACUAAACGUGAGACUCUCCUUUAAGCAUCUCAGUUACCUCUCCGAUUUAGUGACGUAUUACUCAGUUUAUGGCUGUUUUGUGAAUGGACUCUACCUAGAGGAGUGGCUAAAUAUACCAGAUGUAAGGGAUAUUUUAAUGUACAAACGAGAGUUAAUAAAAAAGAAGAAGAAGGAAAAGCACGAUAAAGAUUUCAUCGAAAAGUUUGAGUACACACACAGCUUCCAAGUUAUAUCUAAUUUGAGGAAACAUGCGGAAGAAGCAUCUGUGGUGGGUGUCACCGAGAGAGAUGUACACUCCAUUGACAGUAGCUCCUCUUCGGGGGGAGCCAAACAACAGGGAGGAACUGGCAGCAUGAGCUGCAGUAGCAGCGUCAGGAGCAACUCAAACAACAGAAGUGCACACAACGGACGAAGCAGUGGUAAGCUCUCCGUCAGUUGCAGUUUCAGAGUCUCUAUUGGGAAGGUUAACUUAAAUUUGUAUAGCUUUGAGAAAAUAACGAAAUCUGUGCAGCUCACUGUGGAUACGUUUGAGUACCUUGUGAAAAAUUACAUAAACAACGACUUUGCUUAUCACAUCCGUUUGAGUGACGCAGGUGUGAACUUCAUCUACAAGGGGAGGAAGUACCCCCUGCUGGAGCUCUUCCCGCAGCAGCCGAGGCAACACCAGUCCAGGCCGCACCACCACGGAGAGGGCGCAGGCCACAAAAAGGAUGUAUUCAAAAAGGGAAAGUGGAAAAAUAAGGGUUACCUGUUCAACGCACAUUUGGGAAGCGGCCUGCCGUCUGUGAGGCAAAAAUGGGAUGCACCAAAAGGGGAAGCGGCAAGGGGGGAAGCGGCAAAGGGGGAUGCGGCAAAAGGGGAAGCGGCAAAGGGGGAGGGCCCCAAAGUAGAGGCAACCAAGCAGAGUGAGUCACAAAAGGCAGGGCACCCCGACGUGCGUCUUACAAAACAGGAAGAAAAUGAUAAAGCGGAACAGGAACAUCUUAGAGAGUUCAUAAGGGAACCUGCACUGACCCUCUUUGUGUAUAAAAAAUUCGACACCUCCCAAAGCAAAAUGUACAUUAUGUGCAACCAGAAUGUACUCCUCACGUUGAGCAUUAGGGAAAUUCACAAAAUCAUGAAUAUGAAUUAUACGUACAACACAGUAAACUUAGAAAAGAAAAUAAAAACGUAUAAAAGUCUGUACUACUACUACCUGUUGGGAAAGAAAUACUGCAAGGAGUUGUACGUGGCUUCGGAAAAAGAUUUCGUCGAUAUGAACCUGCAGUUGUUGAACAAUGUGUAUGUGAACUUAGUCUUAAAUAAGAAGUACUCUCUUUUGGUACGACUUAAAAAGAUUCGAUGGAAUUCUUUUUUUUUUACGAAAGCUCAUUUGAGGAGUCAUGUGGAUCGGUUGACUAUGCUUUCUGAGUAUGAUGACUUGCAUCAUAGGGGGAAAGGUCCUGGGGAGGAGGAGCACAGGCAGAGGCAGCACCCCCCGCGGAAGCGGCUCGAGGGGGAGUCAGAGUUUGGCGGGUCCGCCUCCUCCAUGGACCUACCCCGCGAGGGACCCAACAGGGAGGGGAAGGCAGAAAGGAGGGCAGAAAGGAGGGCAGAAAGGAAGGUAGAAAGGAGGGUAGACAAUAAAGCGAAGAACAAAGCUGACAACAAAACAGACAACAAAGCUGACAGCAAAGCAGACGCGAAGGCGCACAUCACAGAGAAUGGCAGUGCCGGCUUGGGACCCCCCCCAAAUAAGGGCAGUCCCGAAAAUGCAGCGGAUAUGUCGAGCAGUAACCCCACCAAGGGAGGAGCCCCUAGUGGAACGACCCCACCAUUACAUCAAGAACACACAAACGAGCAAUACAAUCACGGUCCCACAAACAAAUGCACAGUUCAUGAAAAUACUUCCAUGUGUGAAGAUAAUAAACUCACAAUGAAAUAUAGGAAGCAUUAUCAAGACUUUUUGCGAAGCAAUAAUUUAGCAGAUGUAGAUACGGUAAGGAAAAUGGGAGUCAGUAAUAAUAACUCAUGCAGUUUUAGCCGUGAAUGGAGUGUAAAUGGUAGACCUGUUGAUAGUGGACCAAAUGAGCAAUGCGUUAAAGGAGAGCAGAGCAGUUAUGACGGAGGAAGUGAGCAUCCAAAAAUUACACGUGAACGGUACAUCUUGGAUAGUCAUCAGAAAAACGUAGGAAGCGAAAAAGUGGAGUCCAGUAUCGAUGUGAAUGUGGAAAGGCAACUCAGCGGAGAGGUAUCCUCAAUCAGGGAAGUAGACCCUACAGAAGGUGAUCCCCACGCGGAGACAGAAGAAGAAGGAGAUGAAGAAAAAGAAGAAGCAAGUGCCAUCACGACCAUAGAGCAAACGAGAGUAAGUUUUGAAUUCUCCAUUUUUAUGAUUAAAAACAAAAGUGAUGAUAUCAUGCAAAACGCUCUCACGAACAAAAACGAAGCAAACAAAAGGUACCUACUAAAGCCACAAAAAAUUUAUGUAGAUCAAAUUACUUACAACUCGAAUGAUAACACAGAGAAAAAAAUGACAUUUAUUCAUAGUAAGGACAAACAUCAUUUAAGUGUUAACAUAGAUGAUAAGACUAUCUUUAAAUUUGUAUUUUAUUACUACCACUAUGCUAAUUAUAUUGAGUAUAUUAGUCACUAUUUUAUGAGUAAGAACGAGUGCAGCUACUUGAAUUUGAAUACUAUCGAUAUUCGAAGCUAUAAGACGUUGCAGAUUUUGCUGGAGAACGCGGUGGCGAGUGGCAAGGGGGAAGCGGAAGAGGGAGUGCCUGUGGGGAAAGCCCUGGUGGAGGAGGUGACGCCCGGUGAAGGUGAGGCUUCGAAGGGGGGUGCAAAGGAGAUGACUGCUACGGAGGGGGUCUCCAAAGAGGUGACUGCUACGGAGGGGGUCUCCAAAGAGGUGACUGCUACGGAGGGGGCCCCCAAAGAGGUAACUGCUAAAGAGGGUGCCCCCAAAGAGGUAACUGCUAAAGAGGGUGCCCCCGAAGAGGUGACUGCUAAAGAGGGUGCCCCCGAAGAGGUGACUGCUACGGAGGUUCCCCCCCCCAACGGAGGAAGAACCCCCCCCGGGGAUGUUCUCGUGGAAGGAAGGUGCGGCGCGGCCGCCCCGGAGGGGAAUUCCACCAUACAAAGCGUACAGGGUGCCAGCGAGAAGAAGGAACAACCCCCCAAAGGAGGAGAGGCUCAUGAGGAAACGCCCCAGCGAGUGCAUCGCCAAAAGGAUGAUAUGGAGGAAGACACGAGGAGUAGGAAGGCUCACGAAGGAGAGAGGAGACGCGAAAGAAAGGACAGCCUAAUGAUGAGCCAGUACAAUCGACACGGAAGCCAGCAUAGUCGUUACGGAAUUAAUGAGGAGCACACAGGAAGGGAGUACUCCCACAAUAUCACCCCCCAUGAGGAAAGGAGCACCGGAGGAAACAAACAAGAAGUGAUUGCCUUUGUGCAGAAAGCAAAGUUCCAUUUUAAUAAUAACAAAAGGAGCAAGCGAAUGAUAUCCGUCCACUUAUCAGAUGUGCUCAUCUAUACAUAUAACGAUUCAUGUGUCUCUACCAUGGCUGUAAAUAUGAAGAAAAUAAAUGUAUUAAACUGUCUCCUGAGCGAGACAUAUCAAAAUAAUUUCAUUUCUUACAUAGAAAGAAGAAGUGUGUCCAGUAAGCUGAGUAGGAAGAACUCCAAAUAUAGUGAGAUGAGGAGGACCAACAGUGAUGGUACUAUUUAUUUUUACAACAGUUUGCUCAAGUUAGUAAAUAAUGGGAACUUCAUGUUUUCCUAUUCGUGUAGAAAUAAUGCUCCGAGUGGUCCUCCUGAUAAGUUGCAAAAUGGGUCGUAUGUGAAAGAUAGAAGAAACUGUAUGCUUUACGGGAAAAUUACUGGAGGAGGAGGAGGGAGUGCACUUGGGGUGAGCACAAUCAGGGGAGAGAGAGGCAUUGAUGGAAGACUCAGAGUGGGGGUAGAGGGGGAUGAAUCCGAUGGAGUGCGUUACUUUAAGACGGAUAACUAUAGGCAGUUAUACAAUAUGUAUGCAGACAAAGGGACGAGGAAUCUGAAUCAAGCACAUCAAAAUAAGUUAAAGAAGAAGAACAGCACUAGUGUCGACUUCGUUCACACCAGUUACUACAAUAACUUGAACACCGAUUAUUUUACUUUUAAUGUAGAGAACAGCCAGGGGGGCGAAGAGACUAAGUUGCUGACCAGCGGAGAGCUAGCUGGUGAGGAGGGGGCACACGCCGGGUUAAGUGCAGAACAGGGCGUGGACGCCUCCGGGGGGGGAGAAGCCUCGGCCAAGGAGAACGUGCGGUAUAGGAGUUGCUUGGAGGUGCAGGAAGGAGAGGCACCGUCUGGAGAAGCGUCUGUAGAAGCCCCUGGAGUGACAUCUGGAGUGGCGUCUGGAGUGGCACCCGGAGCAGCGUCAAACAAGGCGGCUGAAACGAAUGGUGGUAAUAAUCACCCCGCACAGGAUGCGUUGAACGAAAAGGACGACACCAAGGGGGACAGUAUCACGAACCCAUUGCCUAGUGGAUCCACCCCGGAGAGUAAUAAUUCGAAGGGGGAUAGUCACAACGGAGAGAGCAGCCAAGGAGGAGGAAGCACAGAAGGAAAGGCCUCCUCGAAAAAUAAAAGAAGGUCAGAAUAUGAAAUAUGCAAAGCGAGGGAUGUGAAGAGGGCCAAACGAAUAGACAGCAACAGUGUUAGCGUCAUGGAUGGAGUGGAUAACAAAGAUCGAAGUGAUCACCAUGGAGCACAUUACGAGAUGGAAGGAGCUCCACCUGAUGGGACAAACAAAAACAAAGACGAAUAUGAAUACGAGGAGGGAGAGAAUGAAGAAGAAGAAGAGGAGGAGUUUUAUCCAGAAGAGGAAGAAGAGGAUGAUGAGGAACAGUACCAAAUUGUAAAAAGCAAAAAAAAUGAGAAUAUAAAAAAUGUGCAGCUUCAUUUAGUGAAUGCAGAAUUGAUUGUAGAUUAUUUGUACUUGCUGACCUUGUAUAAAUGGAUCUGUAAAAUGGGAAAGAAAUAUGACAGGAUUAGAAAAAUAUCUUCAUACGCUUACUCAGAGAAUAACUCCUUGGACGAGAGUGGCAGUGUGAAUUUGAAUCCCGUGAAGUAUAACUACAGCGCGUUUUUGCAGAACAACAGAAUCUGUGUGCCUAUAUAUCAGUUCACCAUUACGCAAUACACCUUUUACGAGAACGUGCGGAGCAGUUCGUACGUUUCGCUUCUGCCCGUUCUGGAGCUGCACUUUUCCGCGUCCUGCAAGUCGACUAACGAACACGACGAGGCGACCAAGUCCAUCCAAGUGCGCAGCCUCGGGAGCAAGCUCGUGAUACCAGCCUUAAACAUAUACACGCAUAAAAAGAACAAAAAGUGCAGCAUAUGCAUCCUGAGCUUCAGCACCAAGGAUAAGGGCAAUGAGACGAUCAUAAACGAUUUGAGGUUUCAAAUAAACGUGAAGAAAAAAAUAAAGUACGAUGACGCACAGGAGGAUAAUGACCACAGUAGCAGUGCUAGUAGCUGCUAUGAGAACAUGAAUCUGCUCCCUUACUACUACGACCCAAAGUAUAGGUCUCUCAAUACAUACUUUUCUGCGAUGACGCAGCAUUCUGUGGACGACGGAGGGGUGGAUGGAGAAGGAGAGGACAGUGGGCACUCUUAUGGAAAGGAAAUCAUAAGUAUACACAACGACCCCCUCAUCAUUAAUGUAUCGCAUGAUAUUUUAAAAAACGUCUUGUUGUGCCAUAGCACGUUUAUGUGUUUUUUGAGCGCGUGCACGGGGGUGGAGGGGGAGUCCGCUGCUAGUGGAGCGGCUGGCGGUGCGGCUGGCGGUGCAGUUGGCGGUGCAUUUGGCGGUGGAGAGGAGGGACAGAAGAGUCUCGUGCAGGACGCGCUUCUCUACCUGUACAGAAAGGCACACGAGUUGCUCUUCGAGUACCAUCUAGACGAUCUGCGCAUCCAUUUUUACAACGGAAACAGUCAUCGAAAUAUGCCAAUAAUAGUACUUAGCGUAUUCAACCUAAAGCUCUUUCUGCAGAAGGACGCCCAACACAUAUACAGCUUCUUCAACCUACACAUUAACAUAGACGUUUUUGAUAGCUACCAGAUUAUAUACGAUACUCUGUUAGAAAAAAUGGAGAUUCUCUUAGCAUUUGAAAAUGAAAGAAAUAAUUUAAGUCUGUUGAACUUCAAAUUGGAGACCUCCAUUAUUAAUAUCCUUUAUGCAAAUAAGAGUAAAAAUAUAAUCAUCGAAUUUUUGAUUUCGUUGGUGGAGAACGCAUUGACGUUUGUGAAUUAUUAUUACUAUGGGAAUGGCAGCCCUGUGGCAUCGGGAGUGGCACCGUCAGUGGCACCGUCAGUAGCAGCAUUGGCAUCGGGAGUGGCACCGUCCGUGGCACCGUCCGUGGCAGCACUGACGGGCGGGGGAGCGCUGCUCUAUGACGACCGAGGAAUCGUGGUGCCAAACUUUGCAAUAAACAACGCCCUGGCAAUUGGAGACAGGAGAAGGAAGAAAAAUGAGAAGCUCUCCAUGUCCGCUUCACAUAUGUCAUCGAAGAUAUAUAACUACACAGGAUUGACAAUCAACGUGAGAUUUAAACAAUCACUAAGGAACAAAAUGCAAAACAGUUUCUACAAAAAUAAAAAUAAAAAUAAAAACCGUUUCAUCUUUUACGAAUUGAAGAAAAACGAACAUGGAGGAUUGCUGAAUGAUGAAAAUGGAAAGGUAUGCGAAUUGGUGGUUAUUAUAAAGCUUUUUAAUUAUGUAUAUGAAAUUAUUGACAUAGAAAGGACCAAAAAUAUUUGCGACAUAAGAUUCCUGCCAAUCAUAUAUCACUUGAAGAGGACAAAUAAGAAAAGAAAAAUCACCAUUAAGAAAUAUGACCUUACUUACGAUACAUACAAUGAACACACGGUGAAGAAUAAAGUUUUUAAAACGUUCAUUAAGCUGUACAUACAAACUAAUAUCGAUGAGAAGGGUAUCGUGUCGAUAUACUUCUCCUCCAAUUUGUAUGUGCAUAACACUACGAGCAGUCCUUUUGUUAUUCUGUUUCACCCCAUUUUACAUUAUUUUUUGCGACACAAUGAAGAACAACAUCAUGCUCAGAACGGGUUUAACGGUAUUGAUCAUAUUAAGACGACUAAUCGGGAAGACAGACACAGUAGCAGUGGUGGAGGUUCUGUCACUGUUAUAGGGAAAAGGGAGAAAUACUACUUGCCGCUAAUCUCCUUCGUGCCAAUUAUGAUCCUUUUUGAUUAUAUGAACACCAGGUGUAACUGCACUGAGGAACCCCCUGAAAACGAUAGCAGCUGUGCAGAUAGAGAUGAAGAUGGAGAAAGCGAUUCUGGAAAAAAUAUCCACAAUGUCAGCUCGUGUGUGGAGAAAGAAAUGACCGUAAGGAGGAAAAGGAGACGGAAGAAUCGCUCGGGGAGCUUCUGCUAUGAGGAGGGCAGUCCAAUUGGAGGUGGAGAAGCCAUAGAAGGACACUCACACUCCUUAGGGAAGAAGAACCCAUCUCAGAGGGACGAUAAACUUGGAGUAGUAACCCCAACUCAGGGGGGGACAACCUACAAACGAAGAACCCUAACCCUAUUGAACAAAAACAAAAUGAGUAAAAUACUGAAGAGGUUGGAAAAAUCCCUGAACGAAAAUAGCCAAAGUCAUAACCUUAAAAAUAUUAACUACGUUUAUAUUGUGAAAAAAGAAUUUUACGAUUUUUAUAUGCACAGAUAUGAACAGAGUAGGAAAUGCUACUUUGAUUUAUUUAAUUUCUUGAUUAAGAGUGGGGCGAAGAAAUUACUUGGGAAUUCCUCCAUUAAGGAGAUCGUGUGCAGGCACUCGUUCGAUUUUUUGAAAUAUAAUUUAUACGCUCAUACGGUCAAGUUGAGGGCCAUGAAGGUGAUUUGCUACGAUAGGAGGGGGGGCCGUAACGACAGGAGUGGGGAACAGGCAGCGAAGGGGGUAGAGGUGCAGGGUGUAGAGGUGCAGGGGGAGAUGGUGCAGGGGGAGAUGUUACAAGGUGCGCUGGCCCACAAGGGAAGAGGAGACGGGCUGGCGGGUGCCCCCAUCGGAGGCGCGGUGGCGCUGAGCCAGUCGGCACAGGAGGCGCUUAGUGGAAGCUGCAGGAGCGGCCUGACCAGGAGGGACUCCCUCUGCGAGGGGAAGACCCUGAUGGCGAUCAUGAGCAAUUAUGAGAAGGAAGGGGGGGGCAUGAAAGGGAGUGUCAGGGGGAGUGUAAAAGGGAGCGUCAAAGGGAGCGUCAAAGGGAGCGUCAAAGGGAGUAUCAAAGGGAGUGUCAAAGGGAGUGUCAAAGGGAGUGUCAAAGGGAGCGUCAAAGGGAGUGCCAAGGGGAGCGUCCGAGGGGGCGCGGUCGGUCGGCCGGACAGGCACAGACGCAGGUUGAGCGAACGGAAGAUGAGCAGUCUUCUCAUCGGGAAGGAGCGAAGGAUCUCCACAAUGGGGAGCAUGAUGCUGUACGACCUGGGAAGGGGCCCAAUGGGGCGGAAGCGCCUGCGCAAUAGUGAGUUAGCGUUCGGGCGGUACCUCCCGCGGGAGGAGGGCUCCCACCGGAGGGGCAGCUCUCAGCGAAGCGCACAACGGAGCGCACAGCACAGCGCAGCGAGUGGAGAAAGCGCCAACGCCGCAGAAAGCGCUAACGCCGCAGAAAGCGCUAACGCCGCUGAAACCGCCGACGCCGCUGAUGAGUGGAAUCUGGGGGAGAGCGGACAGAAGAAUGCCGAAAGAGACUCGCAAACACGGAGCAGCCGAGAUGAAGAAAAAAACAAAAAAAUAGUGUUCACCGCUCAGAAGCAAUGCAACUACAGCAACACAAUCAUUUGUGAACAAAAAAAUUUGGAAGUAAAUAAGGUAUACUCUUUCGGAAUUCUUAUCAACUACAUAUUCGAAGUACAUAAUCUCAUGUUUGAAGAAAUAAAAAUCGGAUACUGUGAAAGGUACGUAAUAAAUAGUGUUGCAAAGAAAGUGAAGAGAAUCAGGAAGGAUGUAAUUUCUGCUAAGUCAGUGAGUUACUUUGAUGUAAUUCCAACCUACAUUAAGCUAUUUUAUGUAGUCCAAAGGGAUAAAUAUGUGUAUAAUUUUUUCUCGAAAAAAAUAGAAUUACAACCAAUGAGAAAUACAUAUGAUGAUAAAUCAUUUCAAGUUCAGAUGUACAUAGGGUAUAUAAACGAUAAUGAGAAUAACGUGAUUUAUAAGAAAAAAAGGUUCAAGCUGAGUUACCUUUUAUGCAGAAGGAGGAAGACGUCAAAUUAUGGAAAUAAAAAGAAGUAUGUAUAUUUGGGUCCCAAGGAUUAUGCCAAAUUGUGUAGAGAAAUUCCCAAAUAUUUUUUUCUAAAUCUAACUCUUAGGAAAAAAAGUAGCUUUACAAAUGCCAACUAUGAUGAGAACAACCUGAAGCAUAUGGUGGAUAGCAACGUAUCUCAGUUACUCAUCUACUCUGCUUUUUUCUUUCAAAAUAAUUUAUGUAACGAUUUGAUUGUCAAAUCCAGUGGUGGUAAUGCACAAAAAAUUAGGAGCAAUUCGGGGAUGUUUUUUGGAAAUACAGAAAAUAGCAAAGUUGUGUUCGAAAUUGUUUGCAACAAUCAGAUAUUCCUUUCGAAGAAAAUAAAAAUCGAUGAGGUUUGUCUGAAUAAAAAAAUUAUUUUGACGAGUAAGAAUAAGGAGGAAAAUAUUUUUCUCUCCAUGAGUAUAACCCUAAAUGGGAAAUUUUACAAUACAAAGACGGUCACAUUGAACAAUAGGUAUACCAUCGUUAAUAAUACGAAUCGGUGUCUCUACGUACAAGAGGUGAACAAAGAUUUUAAGAUUAGGAAGAAGGAGAAGAAGAACCUCAAUUUGAAGUUUCCAAAUAAUUAUUCUUUCUCCAUGGAAGGUAUGAUUAAUAAGAAGGCUGUGAAUUGCAGUGAACGUCUAGCCGAGCGGAUUAAUAUUGCCCCUAGCGAGGUUAGUGAAGAGUCCAACGUAGAAAGCGGUGGUAGAAAAGGUGAAAGAAAUGAGGGAACUGGGGGAGACCUACCCACACGUGUUAUCCAAAUAAAGCCGUACGAAUCGUUUUAUUAUCACCCUAUAAACACAAACAAGUGCCUGCUUAAGUUCUCCUACACGGAUAUCAACUCUUGCAUGAGGGAUGAGCAGUUCCUUCGUAGGAAGGGAAGCUAUGAAUGGAUUAACAGCGAACACGAAGCUACCAACCUGUUCAAUAAUUAUUUGAAGAAGAAGAUUAUAAAAUCGAGGAAUAUGUCGAUGAUGAAUGGGGAGAAAUCGGGACGCUUUUCGGAGCGCCGGCAGGACCUCCUCAACUUGUUCUUCACCAGCCCUGUGGAUAUUGAAAAGGUCGGUAACUUAAAGAUUUACCACAAGGCGAUUAGCAGAGUGGAGUGCGCCCAAUUGGGGACCGACUCACGCGGGGGAAAGGCGGGCAGCGCGCUGGCGCAGGUGCAGAUGCAGACGCAGACGCAGGGCAGCAUCUGCCCGAGUGAGGGGAACGGCCUAGCGGGAGACACAGUCCUGCUGGUGGGCGGAGACCAGAAAGAGAGCGACUUGCGGUCGAGGCGCAGCGCAGAGUCGUGCGAGAACUUCGUCAUCGAGGUUGGCGCGGAGGGAGGAGGGACCGGGGCCCCCUCGAGCAAGGGCGCCACCAUCCCAAGCAGCCCAGCGAAGUGCGGUACCGCCGCGAACUACGGUACCGCCGCCAACUGCGCUAACCCUGCUAAUCGCACCCACGAGUAUCACGAAGAGAGCGUCAUCACCGAUGUGAAUAUCGCGCUGAACAGCGACACGAACGUGGAGAUAACCGUCUCUAUAGAAAAAAACCCAGAUACCAUCAUCUGCAACUUGACCAAGUACUACCUAAUAUAUUACCAAAGAAAGACGAAAAAAAAAAUAGUAAACUUAUUGAAGCCAUUUGGUAGAGAAAUUUUUGGAUGGUCAGACGUAUCGAAACCUAAAGUGGUGAAAUGCUUUCUGAUUUGUCAAAAAAAUGAAGUGUAUGUUUUUUCAUGCAGUGUGAAUAUAGUGAAGGAACACAAUAACAUAGUGUUGAAUCAGAAUAAAAAGAUUAACGUAGUGACCAAAAUUGAAAAUGGAAAGAGAGUGUUUUGCUUGGAGGAAUUAACAAAUGAUGGAAAAGGUAACAUCAAUAUUAACUCUUUGGGAAUACCUUCAUCAUAUGCUUCAAAGAGGAAAGGAUUUAGUCGAUUCAAAAGGAAGGGAAAAGUCCAUAAGAAGAUGAACCUUUAUGGAAAAUUCCAGUCUAGCAAGGAAUUUAAGAAGAACCAAGGGACACGUAAAGUGAAAAAUGAUGAGGAGAUGAAAAAGAAGAAAAAAUUGACUUUCCUUCAUAAGAAGAGAUUCAACAUUGUCUAUAUGAGGAAGAAGAAUCGGAAGAAGAAGAAAAAGAAAAAAAACAAGUACUUUAGCAUCGCGUCGUUUUUUCUGCUCAAGAAUAUGGACCAUUCCGGCAGGCCCAAGGGGGGAGCGGCGGGAGCAGUCAAGGAGGGAGCGGCGGAAGAAGUUAAAGAGGGAGAAGGGGAAGAAGUCAAGGAGGGAGAAGCGGGAGCAGUUAAAGAGGGAGAAACAGCCAACAGGGAAGAAGCUACCGAGGUGGUUAUUCCAAAAAGGGGCAACCUCAGCUUCAGCAGCAGGGUUGAAAGGGAGUUGAAGGAAUCAGAAUGCCCAAAAGAAGAAGGCAAAGAGACAAAGACGAACUCCAUUUUGGGCAAAAGCGAAGAUAAGAAGUCUCCCCCCGUGAAGAAGUCCUCCUCCAAAAAUAGAAAAUUUUCGUCGAAAAAAUACAUUAAUCGAUUUUUUUAUGAGAAUUAUACUAAGAGGAUGAAGAAGAGCUUGACGGGCAAGAAGAAGAAGAAGAAGGAGGGAGGAGGAGGGGGGCGCAGGAAGGACUGCAAAGGGGUGACCCUCCAGGGGGGAGAGGGAGGCGAUGAAAUUUUAGAGGAGGAAGGUGCCGAUGAUAAGGACUUCUUAGACGAGGAGGGUGCCGAUGGUAACGACUUCUUAGACGAGGAGGAUGCCGAUGGUAACGACUUCUUAAACGAGGAGGAUGCCGAUGGUAACGACUUCUUAGACGAGGAGGAUGCCGAUGGUAACGACUUCUUAGACGAGGAGGAUGCCGAUGAUGAUGACCGCCUAGAGGGGGCGAAGGCCCAACCCAAGAGCUACCUAGACACGUAUCUGAGCAAGGAGGGGGAGGUCCCCCCCCCGCAGGAGGCAAACCAGCAAACGAAGAAAAAAAAGAAAAGUAAAAAAAAAAAAAAAAAACUGAAAAGGAAGCUGAGCGAUUAUAUACUUAAGAAGAUAAAGAAAAAUCAGAAGAAACUGAAGGGGCUGAAGAAAAUUUACCCUACCUUCCUUAAGGGCAGUGGUGGGGGAAGGCGCAGGAGGAGAGAUGAUUUGAACUUGCUCAUGAGCAGCUACAUUGAGGGUAGGGAUGACCAGGAGGGGGAGAACGCCAAGGGGGGUAGCAUCAGGGGAAGUGCGAGAGGAAGAAGGGGCGGCUCGCUUGAGGGGGAAAGCAUGAUGGUUGGUGCGAUUACCGCUGAUGAUCCCCACGAGCACAGCGGGGAGGAGAGCGACGGAGAUGGUCAUGCAGAUGGCUAUGCAGAUGGUCAUGCAGAUGGCUAUGCAGAUGGUCAUGCAGAUGGUCAUGCAGAUGGUCAUGCAGAUGGUCAUGCACAUUGUAAUGGAGAAGAAUCGCACAGAGAUAGCGUAGACUGCGCAGGAAAGGAUUCACCCCAUGAGGAGAGAAACGCCUCGAAGCAAAAUGCAGGCAGCCAAAUCGAAAAAAACAAAAAGGAAGAAAAAAAAGUGAAAAAAAUUCUUACCAAUAUACACCUAAUGAUCAAGGGAAUUAAAGUAAGUCUCUUCGAACCCACUUCAGACUACAUCAUUACUAUGGAGUUAAACAAUUUAGUGGUGAAGAAAGCAUACAUGGCGGACAUUGACUACUUCAACGUUGACGUAAAGGUAGAUAAUGUGCUCUGUUACGUGGUAUACAAAUACCUGAGUGCGUAUGCUAUUCUCUACAUUAACAAUGAUGUAAAUAUGAAGAACAGCAACUUGCGUUUUUUUAUGAACGAGUUAGAGAUUAAACGGAAUUUAUUUUUAAAAAAAAAGCAUCGUGGUAAGAGUGAACAAGCAUCCUCUGCGUCAUGUGGUUCGUCUGUGUCUUCUGAUUCCUCCAUCGAUGUAUACAGCCGAAAUGGAGAUAAAUUGAACAAGUUUUACGACGCUGCGUCCAACACGGAAUUCCUGGUGUGUAACUUCCAAUACAUGAAAAAGUGCGAAACGCUUUUUAUAAAAUAUUUCCUUCUUAGCAUCAAGCCGAUCGUCAUAAAUGCGGACAUAAAUUCGAUCACUAUUCUUUUUUACUUCUACAAGACGUUCGGUAGCUAUGGCAAGAAGAGGGAGGCGUCGGGGGAAGAGGCGGUGGUGGUCAGUGGGGUGGCUGGCGGUUUGGUUGGCGGUUUGGCGAACGGAGGUGGUUCUCACGGCACUUCUCCUCACGGCACUUCUCCUCACUGCACUUCUCCUCUGCGCGCUUCUCCCCUUUCGGGGAGGAUCGGCCAGGGGAUGGCCCCCGCGCAGGCGCGGCAACUGAAGAAGGAGCUGAAGGACAGCUACCACUCCUCGGUGGAUCCAUUCGAGACGGUGGAGAGGUCCGCCGAGAGGGAGCUCCACGAGCAGGAGAAGGGCUGGGGAGAGGCGGUUAACCAGGUGGGCGCUUCCCGGGUGGGCGGUGUCCCGGUGAGCGGUGUCCCGGUGAGCGGUGUCCCGAUGAGCGGUGUCCCGAUGAGCGCUGUCCCGAUGAGCGCUGUCCCAAUGAGGAGUGUCCCCAUGAGUGGCGAACUGCUCGGCGGAAGUCCAAUCAGUGGCAGAUCAGAUAGCGGUAUCCCGUUCACCGGUGGCCUCUUCGGGGGAAGCCCUUCGUGUGCACUGGAAGAACGGGCACCCAUAAGCGGCACACCGGAGAAAAAGGAAGAAACAAGCAGCAACAAAUACGUUUACGUACAAUACAUCAGUAUCGACAAAAUAAAUAUCCUCCUGAAUUUCCAAUCAGAAUAUAAAAAGGAAUUAACCAGCCAUGUCAGUAAUUUAUUCUACAAAGAGUACAUCAGUGCGUAUAAUAAAUUGGGAGAUAUUUCAAACUGCAAUAUCUGUUUGAAGAGCCUGUGCAAUAUUCAUAUCUUCACGAAUUACACUCUCUUGUCCAAUUUUCUCCUCAAUUUUUAUUUUAACCAAACUAUUGUAAAUAUUUCAAAUUUGCUGAUAUCUUUUAAUAUUAUUGGUAGUCCCACGUCUCUCAUUGCUCAUGUGAAGAAAGCGUUUCGUGAGUUCUACUACAUAGUGAAUGAUGACAGUAGUACUUUGAGGAAGGGACAUAGGAGUAAGAAUAAAAAGAGACUAAUGAAAAUGCGAAGGCGUAGUUGGAAGGAGAACUUAGCACAGGAACAGGAGGAACUAUACACGAAAAUUCAGGAGAAGGGAGAUCUGCUAAAUUUGUUUGAGGGGUCAAACGAGAGCUCGGUCAUUGGUGAUAAGGAAGACAUUAUGGGUAAUGAGAGAUAUAUUAUGCACCUACUGAAUGACUACAACAGCUCUUAUGAGGAAAAUAUGCUUAGUGAGGAUAACCAUCUCAGCAUGCUCAGGCGGAGUGUCAGUUGGGAUAUGGCGAAGAAGGACUACGACGAGGAUGCCUGCAGUGAGAGAAGUGAGAGAAGUGGGAGAAGUGGGAGAAGUGGGAGAAGUGGGAGAAGUCAGAGGAACGAUAAUCUCGUUAGAAAUGGCCGGGGAGGAAUUAACCCAGUUGGCAGUGUCAGCGGUGAUAGUCACACGAGUGACGCCAGUGAUGUUGUGGACCUGUGCGGAGUGGACCAUGUGACAGGUGUCGUGGAUACGUGUGACCUAGUGGGUAUUAGCGGGGUGAGUCGAAUCGACGCAGAGGAGGAUUUCUGUGAUAAUGGGAACUACCUCUACAGCAGUAACAUAAAGAGUCGCGAGUUGGAGAAUCUUGUCAUAGACGACAACGCUUCGCUGAAUUCGAUGCUGUUUAACAAUCAGAAGGAGGACCUCAUUUUGAUGGACGGGGACCGACGCCGGGGGAGGGGCGCUAGGCGCGGUUCGAAGAGGGACUCAAAAGGGGACGCAAAACGGGAUUCGAAAAGGGACUCAAAGGGGGACACAAAGCGGGAUUCGAAGCGGGAUUCGAAGCGUGACUCGAAGCGUGACUCGAAGCGUGACUCGAAGCGUGACUCGAAGCGGGAUUCGAAGCGUGACUCGAAGCGUGACUCGAAGCGCGACUCGAAACGUGACUCGAAAAGCCGCUCCGCAAACCGCUCCGCAAACCGCUCAGCAAACCGCUCGUCCAAUCGGUCCCAGAACGACACGAAAAAGGGGGAGAAGAAAAAGCGGAGGUGCUUGCCCUCACUGCUGCGCAAGUGUUGGGGAAACAUAUGUUACGUGCUUCUAAGGGCAAAGCGGCUGUGCAUAGGAGUGUACGUGCUGAUAUUCCAGCUGGUCCUCUCAUUACUGUUCUCGGUGACGUUGAUCCUGCAGUCCCUAAUCAGUCUCAUCGAAAAAAUUAACAUCAAUAACGCAGAUAAUGUAUUUCGAAUAUAUCGAAAAAAAGACGAAGGAAAAAAAACGGUGGCAUUCAACUGUGUGGAAGAAUACAGAAAUUUCAACCUGACCAAAUUACUCUCCUACUACGUCAGCAUCUACAUUAACAUGAUCACCCUAGUGUAUUACAACGUACUGUACAAAAUAAAAAAAAAAAGAAAGAAGGACCCUUCAAAUGAAAAUAAAUUAUUUAUGGCAAAUUUUAAAGUAAAUUUAAACAAGAAAAGGAGGUUAUCCUUUUUCUUUAAUUUUUUAUUAAGUAUCGCUCAGAUAGUAAAUCUGUUUUUUUUUUGAAUGCAGAGGAAUAAAAAUCAGCUGGACUUCUUCAACAAUGCGAAUAGAAACCAUUUAAAUAUCGUGAGUUAUAUAAAGAUCCAUCAGAUUUUGAAUCGGUAUACUGUGUUGAAGGAACCGUUUAAGUAUUUCCUGUCUUAUCAUGACUUCUUUGAGUUGCCUGCUCUGAAGAAGGUGAGUUAUUUUGUGUACACGAAAGAGCUUUUUUUUCACAUCCAGGAGAAUAGAAUUAAUUUUUUAUUUCGGAAGAACGAUUUGAUGAAGAUCGAUGUGAUUAUAAACACUGUGAGCAACAGCUUCGCCAUUAAUAGCUACUACAAGCGGCGCGCCCACCGCGCCUCGCGCAAGAGCCGCUCCAGAAACACCCUUUCGAGGAACACACUCUCCAGGAACACCCUCUCCAACUGUACCAUCACCAUGGACAACUUGACGUGUGAAGAGCACCCCAGCGGGGCGUCCUCCCUGAGCCAAAAAACAUGCUUGUCGAACGAAAUCAGAGAAAGCAAAAACAUAAUAUGCUUGCUAAACGGUGAACUGGCUCUAACGAAGAGAAACGAGAUAAUAAACCUAAAGAAAAAAACAAACGAGCAUGAUAUAUCGAUAAAAAUUACGAUCCGAAAUAACAUGAACGUGAUGGAGAACGUGUACUACAGUCCCACCAAGUUUUUCAGAUAUUUUUCGAAAAUCCAGAAGAAAUUUAACAAUAUUUACCUGCCCCUGUCUAAGAGUGCAAAUAAUGAGGCCAAGUGUAGUACUGCCAAAUGUCACAGUGGAAAGAAGGACACUAAGGGUGGAGGGGACUCCUCAGGAAAGAGGAGCCGCGGCUGUCUAGGCACCGGCUGGUGCGCUGUGAAGAGCUUCUUCGCGUGCUUGUCGUUUCUAUUCUUGUGUUGUUUGAGGAGACCCAAGGGAGACGCACCUCGACCCAAGGGAAGCGCACCUCAACCCAAGGGGAGUGGCGCUCAUCAGAAGCAGAAGGACCCCCAACAGACGAAUGAAGGUGCCAAGGAAGAAGAAGGGCAACAGAAAAACAGGAAAGUGCGCAGCAAGGAUUACAAGAAAAUGGCUCCCAAACAUAUCAGCUUUAAGCUCAAUUUUGACGACUUCCAUUCCUGUUUAAAUAUUUUUGAAUGUCUGUGUCGGUUUGUUAACAACAACUAG